UCCCUUAUGGUGACAAAUAUUGGACUAUGGAUUCAAGACACUUGCUGUGCACAACUGUGUAUUCCACUGUAUUUUCUCCUUGUGGGAAGUUUGUUGCUGCAGCAAAUAAUUUUGGACAUAUAUCUCUGUUCAAUUUUGAGAAAGCAGUCACGCUCAAUUCUCUUAAGUGGCAAAAAUCAAUUUUUACAUUCAAAGCCCAUGAUGGCCCAAUACAUUCACUGGUGUCCACAAAAGAUUGCCUCUUAAGUGGAGGAGUUGGGCCAGUGGCAGCUUGGAAAUGGAAUGAUAUAUUAGAAAGAAAACCGGCAAAAGUUUAUACUCUGUAUGAACCGUCACAAGGAGAUGAAGGAUCAUUUUCUUCAAAUGACGUAAAUGUUCUUGCUUGCGACGAGACAAAACUAUAUGCUGGAAGAGAUGACAAUGUAGUGUGUAUAUGGGACUUUAAUUCUGGAAAAUGUGAACGGAAGCUUAUUGGACAUACAGAAUAUAUUCAUGAUAUUGCAAUGAUUUCUCCUAAUGGCCUUGUUUCUGCAUCAGAAGAUGGUAGUGUUAAGGUUUGGGACCUUCGUAUGGCACAGGCGACAACUACAAUUGAGCCGCAUCAAAACAAAGAGCUAAGUCGACCACAAUACGGAAAAUGGAUAAGCUCCGUUGCUACAGAUGAUAAUGGGCAGUGGAUGGUUUGUGGAGGAGGACCGAAACUAUCACUCUGGCAUUUGCGAUCUCAAAGUCAAACUGCUGUAUUGGAUUGCCCUGAGUUCACACCAUAUACAACAGUGUUCCAUGAAAACUUCAUAGUUUCUGGUGGAAAUACAAACUCUAUACACCACUGGUAUACCAAUGGUGAUGAAAAGGCUUCAAUUCCUUGUGGCAUUGGAACAGUAUUCUCUCUAACGUUCAAUAAAAAGAAAAACACAGACAGUGCACCAUUGAUUGCUGCAGGAACCAGCCAUAAACUGGAUGUAUUUUGUAACCCAAGUUAUAGAUCACACACAUUAAUCCUAUGAUAUGCAGAUACCUGCAUUGCACAUUUAUUAUAAAUUUUCACAACGAGUACGUCAGCUCCAUUGGCUACAACUAUUUACAUAGGAUGCAAACAAUAAAAAAUGAUUGACUGGUAAAAAGCAUACUGCAAAUCUAAACUGGCUCAAUACAGCUUCAGAUUGA